AAUAGACAAUGUCAGUUUUGUUUUUAUCGACGUGACUUGUUGCAAAUUAGUUAGUUUAUUUUUAAAACAAUUAGCGCAAUGAUUGAAACAAUAUACCUGAGUACAUUUUAUGAAGUGAUCAGUCUACUAUGAACAUUCAAACGCGAGGCGAGAUCACUCCAGCAUGGUGCGCUGCGGCAACAGCCAUGCUCCUCAUCACGGUAACCACUAUAACUGGGAACACGGCCGUGGUGACAGCUCUGAGAAGACUCAGGAGGACCCCGGCUCAUUAUCCACUGGCUAGCCUGGCCGCUGCCGAUUUGCUGGUCGGCACUUUCGUGCUACCAAUAGCAGUUGCGAGAGAGCUCUUUAUAUUUCAGUUAACUUCUCUCCUAGACUGGGCGUUGUGUUCCUGCUGGAGCACCUUAGAUGUCCUGUGCUGCACGGCGUCCAUCCUGUCCCUCUGUGCCCUGGGCUGGGAACGCUGGUGCUGUAUCACCGCUCCUCUGGCACGAGCUCAGAGGAUCAAGCGAGCGAAGCUGUAUGCUAUGCUAAUUUGGCCUGUGUCUACUGCGGUGGCAUUACCUACAGCAUUCAUACCAUCUCCGAAACAUUACCUUACAGGGGAGGUGGCUAAAGCGUGCACGGUUAAUACUAAUGUUGGCUACGUAUUCUUCAGCACGACAUUCUCGUUCUACCUGCCAGCGACUAUCAUGGUCACCUUCUAUGUCCGCAUUCUUCGUCUGUUGGCCGUACCACCUACCAUCAGAGCUCAUCGAGGCAGACAGAAUCAAAUUAUCGAUGCAGAAUCUAAAUCGCCAGUGAAAACACACGAGUUUAAAGCGAAGAAACCUAGAACAACAGAAUUCACGACUCCGCAAAAGCAUCGUCUUCAAAUUCCCGUGGGUUCAUCGAAUGAUCAGAUUUCGUCUCCAAAGAAAACUCCAAAUUCGCCCGGUGGACUAGUGCCUCGACAGCGUCGUGCUACACGCACAAUUAUAAUGCUAAUGUCACUGUUCAUGGCUUGCUGGUUGCCAUUCUUCGUCAUGUUACCAGUUGAUUCUCUGUGCGAAUGUGUCUGGGACACAUUCUGGCAGUGGUGCACGUGGCUCGGCUACGCGAACUCAGCGAUUAACCCGCUCGUGUACGCGGCCGCGUCGCCCAGUGUGCGGAGAGCCUUACACGCAUCUCUGACUAGUAGCUCCAGUUCUGGCACCCGCACGGUUCUGUCGCCUAGUAUGCGGAGACCUUAAAUGUAACGAUUACAAAAUGGCGGACAAGAUGGCGGUCUCAGUGCCUCAAGAUGGCGGCGAUUGACAAAAUGACGGCUGCGUACACUGGCGGGCGGGAGAAGGUGCUGGCGCCUCCGUAGAAGUCCCUGGCAUCUGGUGAACAGUUUUUGCAGGUACAACGACCGGACAGACAGUAGCCAGGCUCAUCUUCUUCAGAAACACAUUCCUGCAAAAACAGUUUAAGAAUUUAGAAUUUUUUAUUGACUAAUUGUAGCUCUUUAUUUGUGUCUGUCAUUUAUUAUUUACAAUAUUUAAACUUUUCUGCGUUCGUUAAAAAAUGUUUGUUAUGUUUAGUCAAUGUAAAUAUAAGUUUUGUAAGAAUUAGACCGCGAAUAAAACAUGUAAUAAACUAAA